AUGGAUGAAGAAAGCAACCCCCUCAUGAUCCCUCAAAUGUAUAUACAGUAUGAUGUGUAUGGGAGCCCGCUCGAUAGAGCCCAAGCAGCCAAGAACAAGGGAAACAAAUACUUUAAAGCAGGAAGAUAUGAGCAAGCUAUUCAGUGUUAUACUGAGGCUAUCAGCCUAUGCCCUCCUGAGAAAAACCUUGAUCUUUCUACCUUCUAUCAAAAUAGAGCUGCUGCCUAUGAACAACUGCAAAAAUGGACAGAAGUGGCACAAGACUGCACAAAAGCUGUUGAGCUUAAUCCUAAGUAUGUAAAAGCUCUCUUCAGACGUGCAAAGGCUCAUGAGAAAUUAGACAAUAAGAAAGAAUGUUUAGAAGAUGUCACUGCAGUCUGCAUUUUAGAAGCCUUCCAAAACCAGCAAAGUAUGUUAUUAGCUGAUAAAGUUCUUAAGCUCCUUGGAAAAGAAAAGGCCAAAGAGAAGUACAAGAAUCGAGAGCCUCUGAUGCCCUCACCACAGUUCAUUAAAUCCUACUUCAGUUCUUUCACAGAUGAUAUAAUCUCCCAACCUUUGCUUAAGGGUGAGAAAUCAGAUGAAGAUAAGGAUAAGGAGGGAGAGGCUUCUGAAGUAAAAGAAAACUCGGGCUAUUUGAGAGCAAAACAAUAUAUGGAAGAAGAGAACUAUGACAAAAUUAUCAGUGAAAGCACAAAAGAAAUUGAAGCAAAGGGAAAAUACAUGGCAGAAGCCUUGCUUCUGCGAGCUACUUUCUACUUACUUAUUGGCAAUGCAAAUGCUGCCAAACCAGACCUUGAUCAGGUCAUAAGCAUGGAAGAGGCAAAUGUGAAGCUGCGAGCUAAUGCUCUGAUCAAAAGGGGAAGUAUGUAUAUGCAGCAGCAGCAGCCUGUGCUGUCCACUCAAGACUUCAACAUGGCUGCUGAUAUUGAUCCUCAGAAUGCAGAUGUUUACCACCAUCGAGGACAGUUGAAAAUCCUGCUUGACCAAAUUGAAGAGGCUGUGGAAGACUUUGAUGAGUGUAUCCGUUUGCGACCAGAUUCUGCCUUGGCUCAAGCACAGAAGUGUUUUGCUCUGUAUCGCCAAGCUUAUACAGGAAAUAAUCCUUCGCCUGUGCAAGUAGCCAUGAAAGGCUUUGAAGAUGUCAUUAAAAAAUUUCCAAAGUGUGCUGAAGGCUAUGCUCUCUAUGCACAGGCACUAACUGAUCAACAGCAGUUUGGCAAGGCUGAUGAAAUGUAUGAUAAAUGUAUUGACCUUGAGCCAGACAAUGCCACUACAUAUGUUCAUAAAGGUUUACUUCAGCUUCAGUGGAAGCAAGAUUUAGACAAAGGCUUAGAACUCAUAAGCAAGGCCAUUGAAAUUGAUAACAAAUGUGAUUUUGCAUAUGAAACCAUGGGAACGAUUGAAGUGCAAAGAGGUAAUCUGGAUAAAGCCAUUGAAAUGUUCAACAAAGCUAUCAACCUGGCCAAAUCUGAAAUGGAGAUGGCCCACCUCUACUCACUCUGUGAUGCUGCCUAUGCCCAGACAGAAGUUGCAAAGAAGUAUGGAUUGAAACCACCAACACUGUAAAGAAACAAGGAGGAAAUGACCUUCUAAAGUGAAGUUGCCCACUUCAGCCAGCCCUAAAGACGCUGUUGCAGACCAUGUUGAAUGGUGGAACUUAGUUUCUUUUCCUUUUGUGGUGUUGUCAUUUGCUACAUCUGUAAAUGUUUAGGUGUUGUGGGAGUGGUUGUUCAAGGAAGUAUGCAGUGUUGCAUCUUCUUUCUUCUGCAGCAUAAACCUUAAAGCGUCUUAAGGGAAAAAAGUUGCAGGGGAACAAAAGAAAGGUAUUUUGGCCAUGCAAAUAAAAACUUCACACUG